ACGCUCCUUACAUUUGUUAUCAAUCCGGUCGCCUUGUCGGAACGCCCGCCACACCUCACGUCCAAACAUCGGACGAAGAUGUUCGAUGACUACUGACGACUGUUUUUGAACGAAAAACCUCUUGGCGCCGUAUUCGGAACAAUUUAAUCGCGACGUUCGUGUGAGCGUUAAAUCGAAUCGCCGCUAGUAGCUGCUGCACUUACGGCCGACUGCCGAGACGAUCGGCGUCAUCUCCGGACCGGACACGCGCACGCACGCACCGCUGCAUUCUAAAGUAGACCGUCUAGAAUACGGCCGAGACUUUGAUAACCGCUCGAAAUGCUGGAAUGAAAUACCGUCGUUGUUUAUUGUAAAAUAAACGAUUAAGUUUGCGCAUUAGACGGAAUACAUAUCAUCGUCGGGUUUUCUUCUGUUUUCAAAGGACUAUAACGACUCUCUCACUGUCGCAAUGGACAGUCGCGGCCGGAAAGUCAUCGUCUGCGAUAACGGAACUGGGUUUGUGAAAUGCGGCUAUGCUGGCACUAAUUUCCCUGCUCAUAUAUUUCCAUCAAUGGUCGGUCGACCGAUCAUUCGUGCACACAACAAAAUUGGUGAUAUUGAAGUUAAAGAUUUGAUGAUUGGUGAUGAAGCUAGUCAGUUACGAUCCAUGUUAGAUGUCACAUAUCCAAUGGAGAAUGGAAUUGUGAGGAAUUGGGAUGAUAUGUGCCAUGUAUGGGAUUAUACUUUUGGACCAAAAAAGAUGAACAUAGAUCCAAAAGAAUGUAAAAUUAUGUUAACAGAACCUCCUAUGAAUCCAAUAAAAAAUAGAGAAAAAAUGAUAGAAGUGAUGUUCGAAAAGUAUGAAUUUAAUGCUGUUUAUGUAGCUGUUCAAGCUAUUCUUACAUUAUAUGCUCAAGGUUUGCUUAGUGGAGUGGUUGUUGAUUCUGGCGAUGGUGUUACUCAUAUAUGCCCCGUGUAUGAAGAAUAUGUUUUACCACAUUUAACUCGAAGAUUAGAUAUUGCGGGUCGCGAUGUCACCCGUUAUUUAAUAAAGUUGUUACUAUUAAGAGGAUACGCUUUCAAUCAUUCAGCUGAUUUUGAAACUGUUAGAAUGAUGAAAGAAAAAUUAUGUUAUGUUGCAUACAACAUUGAGACUGAACAAAAAUUAGCUUUGGAAACUACUGUUCUUGUGCAAUCAUACACAUUACCAGAUGGUCGUGUUAUCAAAGUUGGUGGUGAAAGAUUUGAAGCACCUGAAGUAUUAUUCCAGCCACAUUUAAUAAAUGUAGAAGGCCAAGGUAUUGCAGAACUAGUGUUUAAUACAAUCCAAACAGCUGACAUUGAUAUGAGAACUGAACUAUACAAACAUAUUGUGCUCUCUGGUGGUUCAACAAUGUAUCCUGGACUACCGUCAAGACUGGAACGUGAAAUUAAACAACUUUAUGUGGAACGAGUGUUGAAAAACGAUACAACUACCUUAUCAAAACUUAAAAUCCGUAUUGAAGAUCCACCACUGCGUAAAGACAUGGUAUUUAUUGGUGGAGCUGUAUUAGGUGAAGUAACCAAGGAUAGAGAAUCAUUUUGGUUAUCACGUGAAGAGUAUCAAGACAGAGGAAUAUCUAUUUUGGAUAAGCUUGGGCCAAGAGCUGGAUAAACUGUUAUCUCAAUAUAACUGAAUAUAAAAUAUAAGCAAUACAUUUUUUUUAAACAAAGCCCAUAUUUAUUACCUAUUAAAACAAUAAACAAUGCGCUCGUAAAAUUGAACAUUAACUCAAAAUUGAUACGCUUUAUAAAAAUUACAAUUACAUUGAUGAUCUAAAUCAUAGAUUUAUAGAUAAAAACAACAAGCUUAACAUCUAAUAUAUAAAAUAUCUACUUCCAAUUUAAAAUAUGCCUUAUGUAUUAAGAAAGGUAAAAGUAAUAUAAGAAUCUUAAUUCUUUUAUUUAGAUGAGUUAUUUUGUUUUUACGUGGGCGCAUUAUAAUAUAUUAUUGUUAUAUUGUUUAUAUUUUUUAAUUAAUAUUAUUUUUACAUACCAGCAAAGCCAAUUUAUGUUUAAGUUAAAUGUUAACAGGAAUAGAAUUUCUAUUUAUACUAAUUUAUACUAUAUAAUUCAAUAUAAUUGGAACACCAAAUACCAAUAUACAUUUUUUUCUACAAUACAUGUUAUUUAUUUGCUUUUUUUAAAUAACGUAUUUUUUAUAUUUUACCUUUAAAUUAAUUUAUUAUGUCAACUUUCAUGUGUAUUUCAUUUUAUUAUGUAAUAUCAAAAAACAUUUAUAUUUUUCAAUUAGGAAAGUAUAUAAGUGAUAUAGUUUGAAUCGUUAUAGUUAAAAAUUACAAUAAGAUUAAUUUAAAAGUAAAAAAAUAUACAAUCAAAUGUCUACAAAAGCUGUACAGUAGAAAAUUGUCGUAGAAAAUAAUUUGACAAUGUACCAAUGUCUUGAAUACAUUAUUCCUAAAAUAUUGUAAUUUCAUUUAGUAGGGUUUGUUACAUUAGUAAUUUCCAUAAGAAAUAUAACAAUAAAAUAACGUCAACUUAAAACUGGAGCAAUUCAAUUGAGUUUUAACUGUACUUUUUUAAUAAUAUUUUAUUCAUAUAUAUUGUUUUAAUAUAUUAACACCAAGCAAAUGAAAGAUAUAAAAUACAUAAAUUAUUUUAACUUAGUUUUGAUUCUAUUCUGAUUAAAAUUGUAUUCAUGGUUUAUUUUUUCACAUAAUUUCCAUUUAAGUUUGUGUUUAAUUUAUGUUGGUUUGUAAAAGUUAACUCAAUAAUUGUUAUUUAAAAUAAUCAGAAAAGCAAAUAUACAUUUGACAUUUUAAAACUUUUUUUUUGAAAAUUUAAACAAAUUAUAAUUAGAUCAAAUUUAUUUAAAUAUAAUUGUUUAUCAAAAUAAUAAUGAAAAAAAAAUAAAAUAUGAUUAGAAUUUUAUAUUUAACAAUGUCAUAAAAAUGUAAUGUGUUAUAGUUAAUAUCUUUUUAUAUUUUAUUACAAUAUAACAACAAUAAAAAAAGUGUAUUAAAGUUAAUACUUAUUAUAUUUGUAAUAUCAAUGAGUUUAGUUUUAUAUUAAUUGUAGUUUUUUAGUUUACAAUUUUUGUUUUAACUAUGUACUUUAAACUUAUAAGAAGAAAUUUAAAUACUUAUAAAGUAAGAAAUCGUUAAAAGUUUUCCUAGACUUCCUUUCUAAGCAAUGUAAAAUAUGGCAUGUUUAAAAAAGAAUAAUUGUACCAGGGAGCUUUUUUAUUUAUUAUUAUACAUAUAUUUCAAAAUUUUUAAAUGGUUAUAAAACAAUAAACACAAGUGUUGAAUUAAA